UUGGAAAUGGCUGGAAAUAACUGACGUCAUCUUCCGCAUGGAAAAAACGAAGUAUACAGUCUAACCUGCUAAAACGACCACCUGUGUAAUACGGCCACCUGUCUUACAUGACCACAUCUGGGCAUCUUAAUGUGUUUUAUGGUCAGUUGUUAUUCUAUAAGACGACCGCCUGCCUAACGCGAGCAACGACCGCUAUUUUUCACCCCCAAGACGAGAUAAUACCUGUGUAAGACGUGUCAAACUUUUCUAACGCAAAACGAAUGCGUAGUAAAGCAUAUACAUUCACAUUACAUUGUGCCAAAUUGAAGAUCACAGCGCUUGCAUAAUUUCAAAUAGUCUCUUGCAUUUCACAAGUUGUGGCAAAGACUAAAAGGAAAACAUUCAUCUGAGAUGUCGACGUCAGAGGCAGGCACUCUUACAGAAGUGUUUUAAAAGACGACCAGUUUGAAGUAUAUCUUGUAAAAAGGAUGUCGUGGCUUCGUUCUCGCAGAAGGACACUCGACAUUGUCAGUGAGAUCGAAGAAAAUAGUGGCUCCAAGACGCUGUCUGACAUGAGCCUAGGUACCUAUAACUCAACAAAUGUAAAUGGUAAUUUGGACAUGGAUGUAACAAAUAACAAUAUUAGUAUUCGUCCAAAUAAUGCCAGGGUUAGUACCGAUAAUGCUCUAAACAGUCCUAUCAGUGUUGACACUACAGGAAGAAAUACACAAACACAUACUUUCAUGAAUGGUCUUAUUGAAACUACACAAAAUGAAGUGACAGUGAUUAAUGUGGCGUCCUGUAAAGCCAGUUCCCUCGAUUCUAUUCAUUUGGAGGGAAUUGAUGAUGGUAUUGGUGAUAUUGUUAGAAUUGAAAUUGAAGAGCAAUGCAAAACAUUUGGCGGCAAGUUACCAAGACGGUGGACGUUUGAUAGCGAUUCCUCACAAGUGUCUGCGAAUAUUCUUGCUGUUCCUGAUAACUUUUUGGAGACAUUUAGUGACUCAGAACAGUGUAAAAAAGAUGCAGUUGAAGAAGAGGAGGAAAGAGAAAUAAAAAAUAACUUUAAGAGCUGUUUAGCUCACCCAAGACUAUCAUUAGAUUCUAAGAUUGGCAUGAUAACAACAUCGGAAAUUGAUAUUUUAAAUGUUUUACCUAAGUUAAGAGAACAGUGUAAAACGCCAGAAACUAAGCAAAGAAAAAGCAUUUCUUGGGCUGAAGAUCUAGAAACUGUGCACGAAAUUGAGAAAAUAAAAACGAGAAGAAUGUCGUUGUCAGCUUUAUUUAAGAAGUUAUAACAUGACGAACUUCAGAGCAUAGUACUUGUUAAGACAAGUCAAAUUAUUAAUUUUGUGGCACUGCUAAGUAGCGUGGGAAUCUCUCUUCCGACGAAAUAAUAUGUGUGACUGCAGAAGUGACAUAAAUAAUUUACAUUAUCUAUAAAAAUAUACAAAAAUAAUAAUACACAACAACACAGUUUAUUUUCAA